AUCCAAUUUCUAAUUUCUACAGCUACUGACAUUUCGGGAAUAUCGAUUUCUAAUUCAAAUAAAAAAUCAAUAGUGAAAAAUAUGACGGAAGAAGGGACGACGAGAUCAGUUUUCACCGCUAAAAUUAGCACGAUGAAAUCUGAUGGUAUGGAAGAACGCGAUUCUAAAAAAAUGAGCGAUAGAAGCGAUUUUCCUAUAUCGUACGAUUAUGUCACAAAUUUAGAGAGAAUUGAAAAUGUAAAUAGUCUGGAGAUUUUUGAUGCAAAAACUACCAGCGAGCCAAGUCGCGUUUAUUCGAAUAAAAUCUCUACUAACUCGAGCGAAAGUUUUAAUCAAACUCCUUCGAAUCGUCAAACAAACGACGUCUUCCAAGUCUUCGAAAAGAUUCCAUGGAAUUUCUCGAAUAAGCUAGAGAAAGCUCCGAUCUACAAAAAACUUAGAAAACCUUCGUUGGAUAACGACUUUUGGAAAUACAUCGUAAUUUCACGAAAUGUUAGUUUAACUACUCCUGUUGUAGAACCGAAGAUGAUAUCGGUGAUUGAAAAUGCAGAUAAAUCUAAAGGAAGUUGGACGAAAUCUAAAAAACGCGGAAGCUUGAAUAUUGAAAAAAAUCUUAGAUGGUUUUAUAAUUUUGGGCACGAAGAUAAUAAACAAUACAGUAAUAAUCCGGCUGAUCGACGAGGUAUUUAUAUCGAAUGCAACGGGAAGAAAUGAUAGGAAAUAAUCAACUUUAUCAACUUUAUUCUCCUGAAAUAAUAGGAGAAUUUUUUUUAUGAAAAUACAAAAUAAUAACGAAUAAGAAACGAAUCAAACAUUGCCUACCUAAUAAAAUUAUUCGAAUCUCACUUAAUUGGACUUCUUGAUUUGCCUUAUCGUAUCACGUUUGCACAUUGGAGAAGAUGGUACGACUGGACAUUUGCCGAUUCAUAUCAGUGACCACGGUCCAGUCCAUAAAUUCACGAGCCGGUGACCGAUAUUUACGAGCUUCUCAACUGGAAACAUUCGUCAUGCUUUACAAGCUGUCGUAAACGAGUCCUCUUAUUAUUCCAUCCAUAAGAUUUUUCGAAUCGUCUAGCGGGUUGAAUCGUUUUGUGAAGCAAUGCGAUUCAUGCGAUACGUUGAAUGGGGCAUCGUGUUUCGGAUGUGAUUACGAUUCAGUUGAAAUUACAUGCGAAGUAGUAGGGAGGGGAUGGGGAAAAAGAUACGGGAUCAGUUUUGCACCGUUUAAAAUGUUAUUCGCGGGGGAAGGGAAUGAAAACGAUUGCGAUGAGUCCAUAAUUGGCUUUGCGCAAACUAUCGUGACUCGAUGGUUUAAUAACGGUUUUUCGAGAUAGCAGAGCCGAUCAGUUUAAUUUGCAACGAUAGCAUAUCAGUGGGUUGCGGUUAAUAACCAGUCCAAGGUACAAAUAGGUGUGUUCAAUCAGCACCCCGCGUCGUUCCAAAUUACUCCGCAAUAUUUUUGUUAAAAUAUCCAUCCGCCGUUCGUUUC